CAAGGUCAUUUAUACUCUUUAUUUCCACUACAUUGGUUGUCAUAGCAUCGUCACGGUGACUUUUGAAAAUGCACGAAAGUUUGAGAGCAAAAUGCUAUAUCCUUGGAAGUCAGUCCUGCGGGAAAACAUCGAUUGUUCAAUCAUUUUGCAGUGGUGGCCGGGACUUUCCAAAGAACUACCUUAUGGUAGCUAUGAUUAUUCAAAGUAACAAUAAGAACUCCAGUCUAAGACAGUUGAAUUCGUUGUCAAAACAAUGACAAUACCAGGAGUGGAUGACAGCAUCGUGCGGAAUUGUUCUUAUAUAACAUCCCAGGCAACGAAGUUCUUCAGGAUCUCAUGAAUCAUUAUGUAGGGUAUUCAUUAUUUUUAUAAGGUUAGAUUGAUAUGACCAACCUUGUCGUUGUUGUUUUUGAUGUAACUGACCACGAAAGCUUCUCCAGUGCAAAGCUUACACUGACAGAACUCCGGAAAUCCCUUAAUUACAUACGUAUACCGGGUAUGAGCACUUUCUUACUAUAUACCUGGCUUCUAGUCGUUCUUGUGGGAAAUAAAAUAGAUCUUGAAGCGAAGCGUAUCAACAGUGUAGAAGAAGCCCAGGCGUUAGCGGAUGAUCUAAGUAUUCCAUAUUUCGAAACUUCUGCUGUAAGUCCUUAUUUUUUUGUUUAUAUGGCGUCUAGUGUGCACCAAUUGUAGUACAUACUGGUUCAGAAAACGUUUUUGAAAUAUAUGUCCCCGUAUCUUGAGUCCGUCGUAGUUUAAUUAUUUUAUACACAUCCUUCUGGUCUGAUAUAAUACUGUAAAGGACACUUGUUAGCAGGUUUAUAUUCAACUGAUGAGUUUUUUAUUUAAGAGAAAUUGGAGACGUAAAAUUACUCAGCCAAGACGAAAAUCUAGAGGGUAUUAGGAUGAGCAUAUCAGAGUUAUUAUCUCAGUAAAAUAGUGAUGGAAAGACAAUAACGGGUAAUUGAAAGAGUGCAAACAUGAAUCAAUAAUUCAAAAAACAAAACAUUGAGAUUAUUCAGGUUUUAGAACUGCUGCACAACGACUCAUUUAAAAUUCCAAUAAAUCCGUAAUAGCCAAUAUGAAAUUUGCGAAGUAUGGAUUUCUGAAAGCUUAAAUGUACAUACAUACAAUACUAUUCCAUGAUAAUUAUUGUCGAUACAUUAAAUAAUGGCAGAAGGAUUUGCCCGUGUUCAAGAUUACAGAUUGAAAGUGUGGAGAUAUUUGAGUUUAAUCAGAGUUAGCAUCUUUUACUGAUGUACGAUGGUUAUCAAAAUCAAGGGUUGUUAACAGAUGUACAAAUAUGUGCAAUGAUUUGAUCUUUUGCUAGAAGCGUUCUUUCUAUUUAUCUCUGUUAUCUAGAACAACACCGGAGAUAUUUUAAUAAACCGCGUAUGACUCAUUUUAUUUAACACCUUAGGUUUAUAGGAGACAACCAUAUAAAUUCAUUGAUAUUCAGUAACAUUUGGAUUUGGUGAUCUUUUUGAGGAAAUUUAGUGGAUAUACCUAUGAAUCAAUUAGAGGACUUAUUUAGGGAUGAAUAAUUACUCUUUUGUUAGUGGUAAUACGUACGCGAACGUGUCAUAAAAUUUUGUUUCAUAAUAUUUAUGGUGCACUAAUUUUAACCCCUUCAAGACGUUUCUUGAUUGUAAAAAUACAAUCGUCCUAUUUCCAUCUUGAAUGUCAAAAGUAUCCAUAAAACUCCCCAUAAAUCAGGCUUUUGCACUGCUUAUAAUCUGUUUUCGUAAACUCCGCAUAGUUACAAAUCUUCUAUAAAAUCGAGUUCAUACUCAGGUUUUCUGAAAUUUCACAAGCAAUCAUCCUAAUAAUGAAUUAGUGAUCCAAAAACACAAAAACCCCAGAUAUUUAGUGUCUACGCCAAUAUAUUAAAUCGAUGAUUGUUUUGAUCUAGAGGCAAUUUUGCAGCCUUCACAGCUUGCACUGAAAUUUCUGAUCCUUUUAAAAUGGGUUACUGACUUCAGUAUGUUGUCUUUAUAAAUAGCGAUCAAAAUUUCAUGAACAUUUUACAAAAAUUUCUUCCAGAUUCACCACAAACCAUCACACAUCACUUUGCGUGUUCAUUAAACAUAUAUUUUGUGAUAAUUGUUUUAAAACUUUCAGAAGGAGGUAGUUGGUAUUGAUGUUCCCUUUCUACAUCUUAUUAAGAAGUAUUAUGAACUGUACAAUGAUGCAGUCAAUUACUAUCAAACUUUAAUAUGAUUGUUAUAUAUGCCUUCAAUUGAUGUAACACGUGUUUUGUUUUCACUGACGGUUGAGAUGUUUGAUUCUGUUAUAAUUGUAUUUUGCUAAUAAACGACCCAGCUAUUCCUAUU